CACUAUUUCAUAUUCCAGCAAGAAACAAGAACUCGACUGAGUAAAACAGCGUCAAACAGUCAAACAAUGGCUUCACUCAAAAGAUUAUUAGUUUGUGGAGGUACCGGAUUUUUGGGACGCCGGAUUUGCGAGCAAGCCGUCGCUCAUGGAUGGGCAGUCACUUCUUUGAGCCGGUCAGGAGCUGCUGCAUUUGAAGGUGGAAGAGUGCCGAAAUGGGCAGAAUCGGUCAAGUUUGAAUCAUUCGACAUAUCAAAGGCUUCACCGGAUGAGAUCCGACCUUUGACCGAGGAUUCAGACGCGGUAGUCUACUCGCUCGGUAUUCUGCUCGAGUCGAACUACUACAAGACGUUUGCAAAGAGCCAGUCGCCUCUGGACGGCGUGAGCAAGGUUAUACAGAAGUGGAACCGGAACCCGUUAAAGCAUCGGAUCGAGGACGAAAUAUCGUAUGAGCUGAUGAACCGCGAUCUAGCUGUCAAAUUGGCCAAGGAGACUUCCGCAUCGGCCAAGGUAGAGAAACCUUUCCUCUUUGUGUCUGCGGCCGGUGAGUUCCCGGGAAUCCCGCAGGCGUACUUCAAGACCAAACAGCAAGCAGAGCAGACCAUCUCGACUCUGCCUUCGCUGCGACCAAUAUUUUUGCGACCGGGCUUUAUGUUUGAUCCCUCCAGCUCCAUGACAAUGACGAUGGCGGUGGGUCUCAAAGCUAUAGGGACUGUCAACGAAAUGCUCGGCGGAAACGCUCCUAUAAUUUCCAGAGACGUCUUGAAGCCUUUGUCGACUUCUGUUGUUGCAGGUGCGGCGGUUCAAGCGAUUGAAAGCGAAUCGGUGACUGGCGUUAUCAACCGGGAUGACAUGAUUGAUCUUGCCCGCCAGGCUUCGUUUGCUACUUGAUCUAUUUCAUUGUACAUAUUGUUCUUGUAUAGCGACUCAUAUUCAACAGAGACUAAUAUUAUAUUCAAUAAAACU